AUGACGGCUACUAUUGGCUGCCGCGUUUCCGACGCGCAACAGUUUUUUGGACAAGCUUCAGUGGGAAUGAUGCCUUUCGAGCAAAUGCCAGUGCUGGAAGUCGAUGGACAGCAAAUUCCACAGUCAUUGGCUAUUGCGCGAUAUUUGGCACGAAAAUAUGGCUACGCUGGAAAAACUCCAUAUGAAGAAGCAAUCGUUGAUGCGCUUGCUGACCAGUACAAAGAUUUUUACGUUGAAAUAAAGGAUUAUUACUAUCCUGCCUUAGGGCUGAAAGAGGGAGAUGUGGAAGCCGCUAAGAAAAAUAUCCUGAUUCCAGCUCGUGAUCGUUACCUCGGUUACAUGACAAAUUACCUCAAAAAGAGUAGCUCUGGUUUCCUUGCUGGUAAUGAGCUGACCUAUGCUGAUCUUAUUCUUGCUGAGCAUAUCUAUACGAUGCGCACCGUAUUCCCUGAGUACACCGAAGGUUUCCCUGAGGUAGAGGAACACUACAACAAGGUCACCUCAAUCCCAGCUCUCAAACAGUGGAUGGAAUCUCGUCCAAAAACCAAUUUCUAA